UGAGGGGAGGCCACGCCCCCGGCCCCGCCACGUCUCUGUCGGGCGCCGCUCCCGCUCGGGCUCACGGUCCCGGUGCCGGUCCCGCCCCGCUCCGCUCCGCCCCGCCGGGCAAUGGCGUUCACGCUCUACUCGCUGCUGCAGGCCUCGCUCCUCAUCGUCAACGCCGUGGCCGUGCUGCACGAGGAGCGCUUCCUCCGCCACGUUGGCUGGGGAAGUGAUCAAGGAAUUGGAGGAUUUGGAGAGGAACCAGGAAUUAAAGCACAGCUGACAAACCUGAUUCGAUCAAUACGAACCGUUAUGAGAGUGCCAUUAAUAGCCCUGAACUCCAUCACAAUCAUCCUGCUCCUGUUGUUUGGUUGAAGACACCCGGUGAAAAUCCCUUGGACAUCCAAAGAAGCCAGUUGCUGACCACCACURCUCUGAGUUUCCUGGGAUCCAGCACAGUUUAGCUGUCAAUCUGACAUCCAACUUAAAAUAAUAAAAGACACUGUUUCUAUUUAUCCCCUUUCCUAAUGUUCCCUUGCAGUUUCCUUAAGCAGGAUCACGGGAUCAAUGCAACAACACUGCAAACACAUUGGACUGUGACCAGUUCUGUUGCUGCCUGUUUAGUGUUAAUUAUUAGAGUAAAUGUCAUAGGAUGUUGCAGUGACUGGCAAUAGGAUGCAGCUUUUAAAUGUCUYGUUACUCAGGGAUGAAUUUCCUUCAGUACGCUCUCCAAUUUGUUUUUAAAUUGAGGAAGACAACAAUGUGUUUGUUUUCAUUUCAGUUACUACCAUGGAAAUGUUAAAGAGAAUAUAAAUUAGGCUCUGAAAAUGUGUUAUAAAGGAUAAUUGCUWUAAAGGAUUGAAGUCCAGCUGUGAUAUGGAGGGAGAUAAAACCAGCUGGGUAAAGUCCUGAUUCAGGUGAACAUUGAAAGCUGAAUUUUCCUGCUUUGAUUGGGGAUUUUUGUCUUCAAAUCAGUAUUUGAUACUGAUGGUAAAGUCAGUUGUAAAUGGGUGCAAUUGCAGUGCAAAAUUUAAAAAAAAAAUUUUCUAAAAAAAUUUUUGAAAAGCUGUUCCUAAAGCUGGGCAACUCUUAUGUUAACUUUGGGGAUAUUAGUGAUUAGCAUUUGUUACUCUUCUGUCAAGGAUUAUUAUUAUACUUUUUAAAAUUUGUGUUAAACUUCUACGUGGUAAUUACUGUAGUAGGGAGCCAUUUGUAUUCCGAGCUCUCGGGAAACGUGGGAGGGGAAUACCACAGGAGGUGAAUACCAUGUGCUUUUCAAAUGCAUUUCUUUGUGAAAAACCUGCAGAUUUUUAGCUUCUUCUGUUAGUGCGCCUUUCCCUGCCCUCCAUCAUCAUUUGUUAAAUUAACAACUUUGAAAGUGAAACUGGGUGUGUGACUUUGCAGUUCUGUCGCAGAGAAUGUUCCUAAUUGCUUUGGUACAGGUCUUAGCUCAAUUCAGACUGCUGAGUUGGGUCUGAAUUCAAAAAGGGGAUUCUCAUGUAUCUUUUUAGAAAAGUUKAAGUUCUCUGUUCCUCAGCUAAAUUGUUUAACCUUAAUUUUUACAGAGGGGAGGCCAAGGGAAACCUGGCAGUUUUAUUUUAUUUUCAGUUAUUUUAAAGGAGCUUAGUUGAUCAGCUCUUCUCCUGACAUCUUGAUUACUAAAGUAUAUGCUGUUGUAYAUGAAGAAGAAUCUGUAAAACAUGUAAAUGCAUUUAAUGAUCUUCAAUCACAGUUUUUCCCAGAGUAAAGUAUAUCCAUGAGGAGA